GGGCGGGCCCCUCGCGGUGGCGGGAAAGCCGCGGCCCAGGCGGGGCGUCAGCGACGCGGAGGGGUGGGAACGGACCUGUAGCGCGUACUCUUCAUCAUGGACGCAGCCGAGGUGGAGUUUUUGGCCGAGAAGGAACUGGUGACCAUCAUCCCGAACUUCAGUCUGGACAAGAUCUACCUGAUCGGGGGAGACCUGGGGCCCUUCAACCCCGGCUUACCCGUGGAAGUGCCCCUGUGGCUGGCCAUUAACCUGAAACAGAGACAGAAGUGCCGUCUGCUACCUCCGGAGUGGAUGGAUGUGGAGAAACUGGAACAGUUGCGAGAUCAGGAGCGGAAGGAGGAGACAUUCACCCCAGUGCCCAGCCCGCACUACAUGGAGAUCACCAAGCUCUUGCUGAAUCAUGCUUCUGACAACAUCCCCAAAGCAGACACCAUCCGGACACUCAUCAAAGACCUCUGGGACACACGCAUGGCCAAGCUCCGCGUGUCUGCCGACAGCUUUGUUCGGCAGCAGGAGGCACAUGCUAAGCUGGAUAACUUAACCCUGAUGGAGAUCAACACGAGCGGGGCCUUCCUCACCCAGGCACUUAAUCACAUGUACAAACUCCGCACAAGCCUCCAGCCUGCCGAGAGCACACAGUCUCAGGACUUCUAGCCACAGGCCUGCGGUGUGCAGACCCUUGCUGUCUGCUGCUGGCCAAGCUCUGGAAGCACGUGACGGUGGAGAGGGGGUGUGAACCCUGGUGGAAGCCGUGCGAUGGCUACUCACUUCUGUCAGAACUCAGCAAGUCCAACUCCCAUCGAGUGUCGAAGCCAGCGGCUCUCCUCUCGUGAGGAACGAUUUCUCUAAGGGGCACAGGCUCCUCUGCACGCCAUGCACAGCAACUGUUCAGGCCCGCUUAGUUCAGUGUCUUCAAGUUGGACCUGUGAAAGCUGCAUGUAGUUGAGGAUUGGGGGGAGGGGUGGUGGUGCUAAUAUAAAAAGAUCUUCCUCUUCAGGUGAUUUAGAAGAUUUUAUUUUUUGGGAUGUUGUCAGAAAUUACAGCAAUAUAUUCAUAAAUACCUAAUUACUACAUUCAACAAAUAAUAUUACAAUACAGUUAAUUCAAACAAGUACACUUAGAACGGGUUUAAUUUCACAGCAUCUAAACUGCCCCAGAGUGACCGAGGCGCCCGUCCUCCCUCCUGCCUGGGUCCACUGCCCAAGCGAGCAGCGAGGCGUAGGGCACACACAAGCUCAGAACCAGUGAGGUGCCGCCUCGGGUCAAGGCAGCCUCUAGGGUUAAGCACUGGAUCAGACAGUGGGGACAGGCUACGGCAAGUAGUGAAGUCAAAGCUUGAGUACUUGAGAGAGUACAGACUGCUGCUAAGUGGCUAAAGCACACCUCGGAGGUGCGAGCCUGCUGGGCGGGCCAUCUCCAUGCUGGGUCCUGGACGUCUUGGGGGGGGGGGCAGGGAGGUGUCUAGUUUGCAGUCCAGUUAACUGAGAUCUGGCAGUGCUGUGAGCAUGGCUGAUUUCCCCAGUUAGGACAGGGCUCCUUGUAACCCUCUGGGUACCCCAGCAGUACAAUCUGGUGUCAUGGUACUAGUUGGAGGUCCUUAAGAUACCAUGCACUGAAGUGUUGACAGACCUAUCUUAGUCGUGUCAGUUUGGCUCUAAUGAUAUGCAACAAUUUUUUUUUUUUUUAAAGAUCUGAUCAAACAUGGAGCCAUGGGAUCUAACACUGGACUGUCCAUCACAAGCUUGGUGAAUUCCCACCCAGGACACAGGGCAAUUAUCCCUUGGAGGUCAAGUGGGAAGGCACAGUCAAGAUCUGGGAUUCUCAUGUACAUACUAAUUUUACAGUCCAUCCUGGAGCAGAUCUGUAGUGGGGAAAGGCUGAAGAGACCUCUGGGGACUAUGUGCGGUACCUGGAAGGGUGUGCUAUGUUUUCAGCUACAUCAGUGUCUCAGACUAUGUGGGAUGGGAGAAGUGUGUGUGUGGUAGGAAUGGCACUUGUCUGCCACUUUCCUGGCUUGUACCUGGUUCUGAUUGUCACUUUACUUGUGAACACGGGAAUAUUCAGGGCUUCACAGGUAGGCAAGGGUGUUUGGAAGGGACAUAGGCGUUGCCAAGUCAGUGGCUCAGCUUGUGCCCCAGGCCGACCUGGGAAGUCAUCUGCGUUGGGUCACAUCCUCAGCCAGGGGAAGUCCUGUGAGAUAAUGGGAGGGGCUGUGUGUGUGCAGCCUUAAGUUAUUAUGGGGUCUACUUUUCCCAAAGCCAUUACCAAGAAAGCAGAUUAGCAAAAGCUUCCAGUCAUCAGUAUGGAGUUUCGCCUGGGAUAGGAAGGAGCACUAAGGUGUGAGCGCAAGCAGCAUUUAAUUGGGAACUUGGGUAACACUUUGUCCCAGGGCAUGCAGCCUCUGCUCACCUGUAGACCAUCCCCGACCGGUUGUAGGGCAGAGGCCUCGGCACCGCCUCUCUCCUGUUGCUCCCGUGCCAGGGGAGGUCCUUUUUGACUGCUGGCAAUACUGGUGGCGCUUCUGUGGCUGAGUUUGCUAAUCACUACAAGAUUCUUGGCAGGGGGACAGAGCAAACUGGAGGGGUGGCUGGUGGGGACCUGCCAGCAAGCUGUACAGCCAUUGAGCCUGGUAGCCAAGAAUAGGCUCAGCCUCUUCUCAUCCUCAUGGAGUGACAGCCACAAGCUCUGACAGGAAGAGGUUCUCUUUCAAGUUAGUUGGUCAACCCUGACUGAGGAGUUGAAACUGGAAAAGGAGAUUGCUCAGUACGGUACAGAGCUCUCCACCACAGCUGUGCCUGUCACAGGAGCUCAGCUCCCACGGCUUUACCUCAAGUUCCUACUGCUUGUGGGUCACUCGUGAUCUCAACAGCUGACUAGCCCAGGUGCCCCUCAACCCUGCUGUAUGGGAUGCCACACAGGUGAGCUCUUCUACUUUCUAAAACUUUAGCAUUUUAAUGUCCUGACCAGCAGCAGCACAAACACUAAAAGCAGGUUGUUUUUUUUUUUUCCUUUAACCAGAAAAAAA